ACCAGAUAACGGAAAGAAACAAACAUGUCUGACGACAUUUAUGACGAUCCAGAUUCUUCCAGUAUUAAUAUAAGACCAUGCGACAACACAGAAAAUAUAUACAUGAAUGCAGUUCCGAAAAGGUCUCAGCAAAGAAUGAAGCACAGCGAGAUACAGGAUCGUUCUGGGGAUCAUAAUCAUGGUCCCUACAAACUGGCUGUGGUGUUUCUUGGGCUCCUGUGUGUUCUCCUUUUGGUUGUCAUCAUAGGGCUGUGCACCACAACUGAAGAGGCAAGGCUUAGGUUAGAAACCAACAUCAGAGACAUGGCUGGUGAGCGAGAUAAACUACAGUCACGUCUUUGGAAACUUGAAUCAGAUGACAUGAAGAAAAUUAAAAGUCAUGCAGUGGAUGUGAUUCUGGACCCUGACACAGCACAUCGCUAUCUCUUACUGUCUGCUGAUGGGAAACAAGUGAGAUUUAACUCCACAAGACGCAAUGUCCCUGACAACCCAAAAAGGUUCAGUUCUACUAUGUGGUUACGUGUCUUAGGAAAACAGGGGUUUUCCGCUGGCAAAUUCUACUAUGAGGUUCAGGUCAAGGGGAAGACUUGGUGGGACUUAGGAGUGGCCAAAGAGUCCGUUAACAGGACGGGGGACCAACAUGUGAGCACUGAGGGUGGAUACUGGGCAAUAUGGCUGUUUGAUGGGACUUAUGCAGCUGGUCCUUGGGUUUCCCUCUCCCUGAAAGAGAAGCUCCAGAGGGUGGGGGUGUUUGUGGAUUAUGAGGCAGGUCUGGUCUCCUUUUAUGAUGCAGACUGUUGGGAUCAUCUCUACUCUUAUACUAAUGUUACCUUCACUGAGAAACUUUACCCAUUCUUCGAUCCUAGUUAUAGUAAUGGUAGGAACUCCUCUCCUCUUAUCAUCUCCCCAGUUUCUAUCUGCCCUAUCAAGUAAAGUAUAACGAUGGUGGAUGUUUUAUUGAAGUCAGCCUGCAGCAGUUUAUUACACCCCUAAAUCUCAUGUGCUCCUCAAAGUUCAUAAGAUUCUUUUUUCAUGGAAAAUCCCCCCAUGGCCUUAAAAUAGUUAUAUUUGUUGCAUACUGUGAAUGUGAUUGCUUGGCCAAGAUGGCCAUUAAUCCAAAGUAGAAAUCCUCAGUCAUGACAUUGACUGCUUAUUCUGCUUAUGAUAUGUCUUGUUGUCUUGAUAUGUCUCAAAAUAUAGUAGGCCCUAGAUAUGAUAAAGAAGGUUCCCAACUUGAUUUUCUCUGGAGGGUAUCUUUAAUAAUAAACUAAAAUUCAAUAUGCAAUUCAGUCUCACUACUCUCAUAAACCCAUUUGUUUAUGCUUAUUUACAUGAUUGUACAAUGAUAAUGUGCAGAAUACUCAAGUGCUCGGUAAUUGAGUAGUAACAUCCAUGCUUGAGCUUUUAAGCUUUAGAUCUUGUCAACCACACAAUGUUGGACAAUAAUAGAGUGUUUUCUGUGUUUUCUUUUACACCAUGAUAGCUAAUCACUAGCCUUUUACAGUAAUAUAGACUGCAACAGAUUUUACUUGCUUAUUUACUGAAUCAUACACUGCAUAAAAUAGGACUUCAGUACAUUGUUUUAAUGAUCUUUAAGCACAUCUUGGACAAUAAAUGUACUAUUUACAAUGAAA